UUCUCCGAAGUAUAAAACGUGCGUGGAGAAUGAUUUUACAUCGUGAUAAAGCUGUUUUUAAUUUAAACGACAACCUACUUGUUCCUAUACUCGUAAUUAAAUUUGGUUGUUUCCGUUCGAUCGUAAUCGUUUUGUUUAAUCAAACGAAAUGACAGUAGCGUUGAAGAUUUUACUUGCGUUUAUUAAUUAUUGAUCUUGCAGCAUAAAAAGAAGAAGAAGAAGAAAAAAAAAAUUUUCCCAACAAUACGAAAUACGUGCUCAUUUAGAAAAUUAUCGAUAAUUAAUGCGAGUAUAAUCAAUAUAUAGAUCAAUUCUCUGAUUCCAAUUUUUAGAUAUUGUCGUAUAUACGAUGAGGCAUAUCACUAUUUCCACGAUAGGAAUAUAUUUCCAUAUUCCUAUCUACAGGGCCAUAAUAGAUCAGAAUAUAUUUCCAUAUAUUUCGAUCUAUAGGCUUGUAGAGAAUGAUUGAAAUGACAUUUAUAGAAAUUAAUUUUAUUGAUGAUAUAAUAAAUAUAAGACUUUUCAAUAAUAACAGUUUAAAUACUGUUCUAGAUAUGAACACGCAAACAUGCAAAUAAAAUCCAUCAAUAAUUUUCAGAAUGCAUGUCGCUUCUUCAUACACUCUCACUCUCACUCUCUCACUCUUUCACUCUUUCUCUCUCUCUCUCUCUCUCUCUCUCUUUCUCUCUUUCUCUCUAUCUCUAUCUAUCUAUCUAUCUCUAUCACUUCCUCUCUCUCUCCUUUUAUUUUACUCUCUCAUUGAUGAUAAUUCUACCCAUUGAAAGCAAUAAUAAUGAUUCCAUAGAUGAUCUCAAAAGGAUGACAUCACAGUUUAGAAUUUAAUUAAUACGCCUUCCAUCUCUUAAUUACGUUUAUACGGUCAUUUAAUUAAAAUUACCUAAUAUUUACAUCGAUUUGGUCGAUAUUCAUUAUUACAAUAUAAUCUUUUUAUCAAACGCAAACAUUUCCGAAGUUUUAUAAUGUAAAAAUUCGAUAGAAAUUAGUUAUGCAUAUUAGUUAAGCUCUAAUUUAAUUAUUGAUAAGUAAUUUAAUUGUUGAUAAGCAAUCAUUUGAAAGGCAAAAUAUUUUGUUCGAACCAAGUAAUAAAAGUAAUAAGAAAAAAUUUUUAAUAUGAGGAAGGAGAUUAAAUUUGGAGGAGAUACGUUUCCUCUUAUUAAAAAAAAAAAAAAAAGAAAAAAAAAGGAGAAAAAAAAUUAGAAAAAAGAAUAAGAAAAAAGAUGGAAAACUAAGAACAAGAGAAAAGAAAAUGAAAUAAAAAAAAAGAAAUCACAAAGAUUCGAAAUUUGAGUUAAUCGAGGAAUUUCUCUCUCUCUCUCUCUCUCUCUCUCUCUCUCUCUCUCUCUCUCUCUCUUCCUCCUUUGAGAUCUUUAUUGCGGCAUACGACGACGUGUUGCUAUUAUAGUAGAGUGUCUCCUCGAAUUACGUUUCCUAGCGACAUGGGAAAGACUAUACGCGCCAUCUGAAAGCUUACACGAAACAAAGUCAACCUUUCGCACGUUCUGAAUGCGAAGGGUAGUUUAUCCCUUACCGUUCACACUAUCUUCUCCCUUAUUUUUCACUCUUCAUUAAGAUAUCUAUUCCUGUAUGAUAUUACGCAUAGAUGAAAAUGAUAAGAAAUUAGGGUAGAGUUAUCGAGAUAUAAGAGAAAAAAAAGAAGUAAUGGAUUAAAUGCAGACGACGAAAAUGAAUAUGAAGGAUUUAAUUUUUUUUUUUGUUUUUCAUAAAAAAAAUACCGAAAGGAAUGUUUUUGCAUUAUGAAAAUGUUUUUCAUAAAGGUCCAUCGUAUCUCAAAUACACGAAUUUUGUAUAUAUCAAAGAAGAAAAAAAAAGAAAAAAAGAAAAAAAGAAAAAAAGAAAGGAAAGAGAUAUAACGUAAAAUAAGAAAUAUAGUAUAGCUAACGUAUGUUAAAAUAUUGAAGUGUGAUGAAAGCGUGGAAGGGAAUAGAAUCUCUAGUAGGAUAAAAGAUUCAUCUCUUCUUUGAGUACCCAUAAGAUCAUUGAAUAAUAGCAUUCUCGUUUCCUUUUGCCAUUACAGUAUUUUAUCUUGGCGCGCAACUUCUAAACUACGACAAAUUUUUAGCAUACGUGUAGAAAACUAAAAGAAAUUGAGAGAAAGAGGGAGAGAGAGAGAGAGAGAGAGAGAGAGAGAGAGAGAAAUGAAAAGGAAAAAAAGAAAAAAGAGAAAAAAAAGUUCAAAAAAAUAUUGACGCAAACGAAUGAAUUUCAUCGAACGAAUUUUAUCGAUUGAGAUAAUGAAGAAGUAAAUUUAUUUGUUUAAAAAAGAAAAAAAAAAAGGAAUAUUUUUUUUCAUCGUCCGAACACACAUACAACACACAACUCCGUCAUAUUUAUUUAUUAAUGAAAAUGUUAUUAGAGAAAAAAAAGGAAAGUCAAUUUAAUAACUGUUAAAUUAAGAUUAUUUUAAAAUAAAAAUAAAAAAAUGGUCUACGUUAAAACUCACGACGAAAUUAAUACAAUGUACGCGAUCGAUAUCUACAUAUUAUCCCGUUAUUAUAUCAAAGAAUAUUUAUCAGUUUAAAAAGAGGAAAAAAAGAAAAAAAGUAUAUAUAUAUAUAUAUAUAUAUAUAUAAAACGUUUCUCAUCCUGUGGAUCUUCGACAUCGCGCAGACUCCUUGCCAUCCAAGAGAAGAGAGGAAAAUCAGGAAGAGGGAGCGAGAUAUCCUCGUGAAUUUUCAGCAGUAUCGUCGCGACUAUCCGCAACCAAAGUUCAUGAUUCAAUUGGUGUCUCAUAUUGAUCAGAUCUCAUUGAAUUAUAAUAUAACUCGUUACGAGUUAAACAAAACUGUAUUAAAGAACUUGAAUGAAAUUGUGUUUAUGAAAGAAAAAAAAAAAAAAAAAAAAAAAAAAAAAAAAAAGAAAGAACCUACGCGUUCUCGUUCUUUAGAUCGCUUAAAGAACAAUUUAUUAUAUAAUUCAUUUAAUCGUAAAUCCAGUAUGUGAACAGAACGCAUAGAAAUAUACGAUAUAUUAUUGCGAAGAAUGUCGAGAGAAACGAAGAAUGGAAUGAAACAUUGAAGAAUCAUUGAACAGCGAUCUUAUUGGGAAAGAUCGUAAACUCGGACGCUCUCUAAAAAUUCAAUUUCGUACUAUCUUGUAUGAAAGAAAAAAUAAACUUAUAUUUUAGACGAUAAAAAUCGAUCGUAUAGUCAAACAAAUAAGACGUCCUUUUGCAAUUGGCUAAACAAUUUAUCGCUUAAUCUUCGAUUAAGGUGCUACCUCGUCUAUGUCGAAAACUGUUCUGAACGCUCGUAUAUUUGUCUUCAAGUUUACGCGGUUAAAACUUGAUUAACUGAGACGAGAAAUUCAUUUGGAAUAAGAUGAAGUUAGGAUCAUGCUAAUGAGUAUACUGAAAUUGACAAUCAACGUAUAAAACGAUUAUAUCCUAUUCGUAACAAAAACAAAAUUGAUCCUUCUCUUUUAUUUGGAAUCUGUAUUAGAAGUUUAUGAUAUUUGAACUCUCGGUUCUCGAGCCAUUUUAAUUGUUCACUUCGAAAUAUAAAAUAUCAUCGAGCAUGCAUACCUUUGAAAAUUACAUCGAAAUCUUUCUUAAAUUAAAUAUUACGUUAGACGAUCUCAAGAUCCUAGAAAAUUAUACUGGACCCUGGUCCGAUAUAUGGAGUACGGAUUGUUAUUGCAAUGGUUCUAUAAGAGAUUGGGCUUUGACGUAUAGAAAAUAUCAUGGUUACGUAGCAAUAAUGGUCUGCAUUUUUGGUACCUUCGCCAAUAUGCUCAAUAUCGUCGUAUUAACGCAUAAAGAAAUGAUGGUAACGCCGAUAAACAAAAUUUUAACCGGAUUAGCGCUGGCUGAUAUGUUAGUGAUGCUGGAAUAUAUACCAUUUGCCAUUUAUAUUUAUUUGAUUCUACCAAGACAUCGGAAUUUCUCUUAUGGAUGGGCUGUCUUCGUUUUAUUUCACAUGCACUUCGCUCAGAUCUUUCAUACCAUCAGUAUCGCGCUAACCCUUACCUUAGCCGUUUGGAGAUACAUCGCUUUAAGGUUUCUGCAAUACAACCAUGCAUGGUGCACACCUACCCGUUGCAAAAUAGCUCUAUGGUGUUGCGUUUUGGCGCCAUUGAUCGCCUGUGCGCCAAGCUAUUUCGUCUUUGGCAUAAAGGAUAAACAUUUCAUGGAGAAUGAAACUUUAGAGAUUUGGUAUUAUGUCGAUACCGAUUAUUCAACAGACAAAGGAUUUAUUUAUCAACUUAACUUUUGGAUACUCGGAGUUGUGGUGAAACUUAUGCCCUGCGUUAUAUUAACCAUAAUUAGUUGUUGGUUAAUAAAAACACUAUGCAGAACGAAAGAUCGGAAACAAGCUUUAAAGAAUUACAAUCAGCCUUUAGUGAAGAAUCUACCAAUAAAUAAUAGCCCAAUUAUACCACGAAGGCCAAGCAAGAAUGAGAAACAUGCCGAUAGAACAACAAGAAUGCUCGUUGCUGUUCUACUUCUUUUUUUAAUUACAGAAAUACCACAGGGCGUUUUAGGCCUUCUUUCUGGUAUCCUUGGCGAUUGCUUCUUUCAUAGUUGUUAUCAUACUUUUGGCGAGGUAAUGGACAUUUUAGCUUUAUUAAAUGGUGCUAUUAAUUUUAUCCUUUAUUGUUUGAUGUCACGACAAUUCCGUAUAUCUUUCGAACGACUUUUUAAACCCAAAAUCAUGAAGAAAUGCCAACCGACCACUCAACAAACCGAUGUACAAACUACUUACGUAUGAUAUAUACCACCUACUUUGAAAGAUACUUAUUUUUAAAAGUAUUUUAAGCCAAUUUGAAAUCUAUGAUGAUUCAAUAAAUUCAUCUCGAUGAUCUAAUAAAUAUAUUUGAAAACAAAAAAAAAGAAAAAAAAGGAAAAAGAAGAAAAAGAAGAUACUUUACAUUAUUUAAUUUAUGCCAAGUAAAAUAAUUGAACAAAUAAAUGUGACAAUUGCUUUUUCGAAGUAAUUAUUUUUUUGAUAACAAAUAUAUAACCAUAUGUAUAUCUACUUAUACGUAUAAAGUUAUAUUAUAAAGCUAUAAGUAUCAUCCUUCUGAUGACGAAUUCCAUCAAAUGUUAACGUUAGAAUUUUCUUCUCUUUUAUUUUUUUAUUUAUUUAUUUUUUAUCUCGUUUCUUUUCUUUCUUUUUUUUUUUUUUUUUUUUCAUAUACAGGCUCACUUAAUUCCUAUAUCUUUAUCGGACUUCGGCUCUGGUCUAAGAAAAUUCCGUAAAAUUUAAUAAAAUAGUUUAAAUGUUUUAUUAAAAGGACAAAGAAAACAAACAAAAAAAGAAAAAAAAAGAAAAAAACGUGGAAAACUGGUAUACCUUAAACGCAAAUUUGUAAAGUGAGAUGUAAAGUCAAUUUAACAUCUAUUAAACUUUCCUGGAUCGUCAGUUUACAAUGUAAUUAGAUAAGUAAAGAGAAAAGAAUAUUUCUUUGCUAAUGAUAUCAUAUUAUCGCUUGUUAAUAGUAAUCACUGUUAAUAGAAAUUUAUUUUAUCAAAAAGACGUGAAUCGCGCUAUUCGCGAUAUACUUUACAAGCAAUAAUCAUCAAUUUCCUCUUCUUUGACUUUGAUUUAAAAAAAAAGAAAAAAAAAAAAAAAAAAAAAAAAGGAAAAAAGAAAAUAGAAAAAAAAAAAAGAAAAAAAAGGAGAAGAACGCAUAGAUUAAAAUCUAAUAAAUUUAUUUGUUAACUUACGACGAGCAUAAAUCUUAUGUGAUAUAAUAAAAUAUUGUUAGUGAGUUUCGUUUAUUAUGAAAAAGUAGACAAUACCAUUUGUUCUCUAAUAUUUAAGAUUUCUAAAUAAAUACAAAUAUUUCAAUGGUAUACAUACUUAUAUAUAAAUCUAAAACAAAUAAUUGUACGAACACGCUAUGUAAAUUUAAAUACUCUCUCCGUUGUAUUGUAAACAUUUAAGAAAAAAAAACAAGAACAAAAAGCAAGUAAUUGUAAAUAAAAAAUUUUA